AUGGUGACCUUAACCUGGAUUACAUGCCUCACAAACUGCUUCAUAUCUAUUGUUCUAAUCGAAUUUUUAACGAAGGUAAAGAAGAGAGAUGCGAGUCCACUAUCAUGGAAUCAUUUAUUCGCUGGCCUCAUUAACUCCUUUGGCCUCAUUCUGACGAACAUUUCAAUGGAAUACGUUUCAUAUCCUGCCAAAGUUUUAAGCAAAUCUUGUAAGCCAAUAUCUGUUAUUAUCUUCACUACUAUUUUCACGUCGAUGUCGUAUUCAAUUACCAGAUGGAUUUCCGUGAUUCUUAUAACCAUUGGAAUCUUGGGAUUCUCGAUUGAUGAGGUCGAGCAUAACGAAACAUUUGGGAAGAGCAAAAGCAUGAUAUUAAUUGGCGAUCUGAUGCUUCUGAUUUCGAUAUUUUGUGAUGGACUAACGUCAACAUUUCAAGAAAAACUCCGCAAAUCGGGUGAAAAACCAAACUUCACCGAUUGUAUUCAGUUGAUGUUCGUUAUGAACUCUGUGGGAAUGGUUGUUAGCUUUUCAAUAUCGUAUUUGACCGGAGAGUUUAAUGAUUCAAUGAACUUUGUCUUUGCGAAUCCGUCAAUGCUCAAAUUACUGCUUGCAAUCGCCAUUCUACAGGGGAUCGGUCAAAUAUUUUUAUUCUUCAUUAUUAUCAGCUACGGAACUUUGUCUGCCUCUAUUCUCCAGACGUUGCGCAAGCUUGUUACUAUUUUUGGCGCGAUUCUGAUUUUUAAUGACCAAUUUGACGUUUUCAAGAUUAUUGGCUCUGCUUUGGUUUUUCUUGGAGUCGCACUACAUAUCAGUGGAAAAGAAGAAGUGAAGAAAACGGCGGUCAUGGAUGCAGAAAACACGAUAGAGCUAAAUGAAAACAAAUGCAUGAAAUCAUUGACUGAAUCCAGCCCAAUACCCGUUUAA